AGAGACGCACUCGUUACAGGAGCUUGAGUUCGUUGAUGAACUGCUGAUUCUCUCUCUCUCUCUCUCUCUGCUGCUGCGCUUUUUCAGUAACCAGACAUUCUCCUGCAUCUUGUUGAGCUCCAGAAAGGAGAAGGGAAAAGCCAUGUGGAAGCCAAAGAGAGCUUUGCCUCCCUCUUCUUCUUCAGGUCAACCAAGUCAACCCAAGAGGCUAUGCGUCCCUCCGAUCGAUCGAGCAUGGAAUGGGUCCGAAAUGAAUCCCGUGCCGAGUUGCUGUUUGACUUGCUGUUUGACAAAGGAGGAUCUGCGGAGUAUGUUCAGAGAAGAGCUGGAGCGUGCUAAAUCUGACUGGGCUGGAUAUUUUCAAAGUUGCAUCUGGAAUGCUCUCAAAGAUUUAGUGCCACAGAUGCGCUCAGAGAAUGAUUCUCAGAGAUUGAUGGAAGCAGUGGAGCUUGUAAACAUUCAUUCUCCCCACCGUGCAAGGGCUAAUGCUAAUUCUACGGGAGAGAAUGAUGUGAGAGACUUACGGCUUCAAAUUCAAACCAAACUGUCAGAUUCUCUAUUUACUGGACAGAAACUAGAAGGAGUGGGGGGUGCUCACAUUUCCGUUGCCUUGAUCAAUGCAAAUACAGGGGAUGUUGUUAGAUCAGGCCUGGAAUCCUCCAUUAAGUUGGACGUCGUCGUGCUCGAAGGUGACUUCAACAAAGAUGAUGAGGAUAACUGGACCCAAGAAGAGUUUGAGAGCCACGUGGUUAAACAACGUGAAGGAAAGAGGCCGCUUUUGGCUGGAGAUCUCGUAGUGAAGCUCAAGGAAGGUGUUGGGGAGAUGGGAGAACUGAUAUUUACUGACAAUUCCAGUUGGAAUAGGAGUAAAAGAUUCAGGAUAGGGCUUAAGGUGGCAACGGGUUUUUGUGAGAACACACGAAUCCGAGAAGCAAAAACAGAUGCCUUCCAAGUCAAGGAACAUAGAGGGGAAGCUUACAUGAAACAUCAUCCACCUGCAUCUGACGAUGAGGUUUGGAGGUUGGAGAACGUUGCCAAAGGUGGGAAAUCUCACCAAAAUCUGAGUGAUGCUGGAAUAUAUAAAGUGGAGGACUUUCUACUGCAACUGUUUACGGACUCCCAGAAACUGAGAGAGGUAAGCACUUAGUUAAUGAUUCUCAAUUAGGGUUUGAUUGACUACCAAGAAUGUAAGUCUUGUGUGUUCACUCAUCAUAGAUUCUUGGAAAGAGCAUAACAGCAAAGAACUGGAAUAGCCUCGUGCGUCAUGCAAAAACUUGUGAAGCAAAGUGGAAACUUUAUUUGGACUAUCCUGAUGGUAUGAUGAAGCAUGGUGCUGUAUUAAACACUGA